AUGCGGCGAAGCCCCAGGCCGGGUUCAGCUGUACCCCCCCACAAACACAACCCAGAUUUCUACAGCGACCGCAGCAACAGCUCAGUGAGCGCCACCUCGCGGGACAGCGGCUCCCGCAGAGGCAGCCGGAGGUCACAGGUGGGCUGGAAGCAGUCUUCUGAGCCUUGCGCUACCCAAGCGGGCGGAGCGGAAGGUCUAUGGCUGAGCACCGCAGUGAUAGCCACGGCAGCAGGAGCAGCCACAGAGCCUCGCAGCCUCCAUCAUGCACCCGCGGAGCUUUCCCAGGACCGCCCCGUCCAGCAGCAAAUGAAGAACCUGAUGACCCUUGUCCUCCAGGCGCUGGGAUUUUUUCCCGCCGUGUUUGGAGAAGUCCUGGGUGCCUUCUGCAGGUGCGGGGAGGUCCGUUCUCUCCGCUUCCUGCUUACAGCCUUUCUGUUCUUCAGUGUCUUCACGGCUGUGGUAUGGGGUGCACUUAUGUAUUUUGCCCCUGUCUGGGAUGAGGAAACCAAGGAGUUCCGGACUCUGAGUGAAUACCAUGAGAGGGUCCACUCCCAGGGGCUGCAGCUGCAAGAACUUCAGGCUGAGCUUGACAAACUCCACACGGAUGUGUCCAGCAUCCGAGCAGCCAACAGUGAGAGGGUGGCCCAGCUUGUGUUCCAGAGACUGAAUGAAGAUUUUGUGCAAAAACCUGACUAUGCGCUGAGUUCCGUGGGGGCUUCCAUCGACCUAGACAAAACAUCACAUGACUAUGAGGACAGGGAUACAGCUUAUUUCUGGAAUCGGUUCAGCUUUUGGAAUUAUGCCAAGCCCCCCACCAUCAUCCUGGAGCCUGAUGUCUUCCCUGGGAACUGCUGGGCCUUCCAGGGUUCUAAGGGCCAGGUGGUCAUCCGGCUGCCUGGCCAAGUUCAGCUAAGCGACAUCACCCUGCAGCACCCACCACCGAGCGUGGCCCACACUGGAGGUGCUAGCAGUGCCCCCAAGGAUUUUGCUGUCUAUGGCCUCCAGGGUGAUGACAAGACUGAAAUUCUCUUGGGAAAAUUCACCUUUGAAGUGGAGAAAUCAGAGAUUCAAACAUUCCAUCUGAAGAAUGAGCCCCCCAUGGCCUUCCCAAAGGUGAAGAUACAGAUUCUCAGCAACUGGGGACACCCACGUUUCACCUGCUUAUACCGAGUGCGGGCCCAUGGGCUUCGGAGUCAUGAUAAUGCAGGGAGAAGAUAG